CUUUGUACUGUUCCUGACGCAGAGUUAGCAGUACACAGUGUACUGCCGUCGCUACUUUUACGACUUUUAUCAUUAUCUUUCCUUCUUCCAUCCCGUUCUCGUUCAAUGUUGAAAUUGGAUGAAGAAGUGGAAUUUUGAGCAAGGUUUUUCCUUCUUUUCGUUCGUUUUUAUGAUCAUCGAUUUCCUCCAAAGAUGACAUCUACGGUGAAAACCCGGAAGCAGAACCUUCGCGCUGCUCGGACGCAGCCGCACGAGGAGCUGCUCGCGGAGGCGAACGCGCUGGUAAAUCCGCAGACGGAUAUCGUGUUUCAGCCGAUGGAGACCAAUUACAGUUCCAAAAAGGACUACUACAGCACCCUGCGACACAACGUGAAGCAGCAGUAUCUGACCGCCGUGACCACUACGCACCCGGCGUUCGAUAUGGAUGUGUCAGGUUUGAAAUCGUCAAAGUUGAAAUAGUUUGUCAUGCAUAAAACGGAUACCAGUUAGACCUACAGUUUGUAGUCGGUGCAUGACAAAUUUCCCCGGUCCUGGAAGCGAGUCUGUCAUGCGGUUUAGGGCAAAAGAGCUGCCUUCUGUCAUGCUAGUCAGCAGUCCAACGUUUGACCCUUACCAGGACUAUAAUCUGCCUCCCGUGCGUCCUCUGCAAUAGAGUCACUUUUUGUAUUGCAUUUUAUGCAUGACAAAUCAUUUCAACUCUGACGAUUUCAAUCUUGACACUCCCAUAUUCGAGGAGUUUCUGCUGCAGAUCCGCGUGGUCAAGACGCACACGGUAUUACAAUGAAAAAUGCCCCCUCCCCAUAUCAAAACGGAAAUCUGUGAUGCAGAUACGUGGUCACAAAUCAGCUUUGUGAUGCUAGAAGGCAAAAGAUGCGGACUGUAGUGCUGUCUAGCGUGGGAAAGCCUUGCAGCUCCAGGAUGACAGAAGGCAACUGGAAGUGGGAAACAGCAUGACAGAUUACCUGCAAUUUAGGCCGCAGCUUCGUCUCUUGGCCUUCUAGCAAUACAAGUUGAUUUGUGUACUCAAAUACAGCAUCACAAAUUCGCGCAUCUUCCGUUUCCGAUAUGGGGUGGGGGCUUUUUUCACUUUGAUACACGGACCAAUCCACGGGGUACCACGAGUUCGAGCUGCUCAAGGGGUCCAACGCAAGCGCGAGCAGCGCGGACGCGAGUGCUUCCGUCGGUGGUGGUAAGGGUAAAAACGAAGAGGACGACAGCACCGCGAACAAGGAGGAGCUGCAGUCCAAGCGACCCACCGCCCAAAUUCCACCCAGAAGUGCGUUGAUGCAGGGGAAAGGGAAAGCAGACGAUCCCGGCGCGGGAGCCCAGAAUAGUAUGUCGAAGGCGGAGCGGAAAGAAGCAGCUAAGAUCGCGAGACGCACGCGGAAUGUAAUGGUGGAAAACGCAACCAGAGACGAAGUAGAAAACGAGCGACGGCGGCUGCAGCUACUGGGGCUGCGGGACUGGGUGGUGUUUACCAAAAGUUCGGGCCCGGACAAGGAAGGCUCCGUCGGGAAAAAAAAGUAUUUCCACAUCCAGACCGUGCGGGAGACGAUAGGACCACGGAAGAACGGAAGAAUAAAGUUCCCGUCCCGCCCGGACACGGUGUUUCUUACCGGGCUGAAAGGCGGGGUGGGCACGGUUUUUCACGUCGUGGCGUUCGUGGGUACUCUGGUGUCGCAGUACACUGCGAUUAUGAAGCGCCUCGCGAUGGCGGAGAAGGCGAAUGUUCUUUGCGGAGCGGCAGCGCAUGCUGCGCUACAAGAGACUGGACAAGAUAAACCCCCAACUCUGGAAGAUUUCGUCCUGAACCCUGGAAUGCUGCACCAGAAGCUGCAAGGGAGUGUAGAAGCGGCAGUCGCAGUACCAGCAGAUGAAAAUUUUGACCCAAGUAUUAGUGGUCUGAAAAUUCCUUCCACUUCUGUUUCGUCCGCGGUGGCCGGAACUACGUCGACUGCCAGCACUACUACAUCUAGUAGCCCAGCGAACCCGAACUACCCAGAAGUCCUUGUGCCGAUCAAUGCGGCGCAAAAGCGGGCGGUGGACAAGCUGCACGAGGAAAAGCACUCCAAACUCCACCUGAUCCAGGGCCCGCCAGGAACCGGAAAGUCCACCACGAUUUUCCACGUCUGUCGUGCGUUCCUGUCGCGGGGCGAGGUACAACAACAGCAGCAAAUAAGUGCUACAAUUUCGGACGAAAGCAGAAAAAAUCGAGACAAACUUCCGCUGCAAGAAGAUGGCGGAGGGAAAAUUAUACCAGCGGCAAAUGAAGAUCUUGUAGACGCACAGAAAGUUGUCGUGUCGAAAACUACUACCCCGCCUCACCCCAGCAAGCGGCCCGCGGUUAUCAUCACUGCGGUGACCAAUGUGGCGAUUGAGUCCGUCGCGGAGAAGCUGUGCGCGCUGGAAAACAAGGGGGUCAACACCCUGGUGCUUGGCAACCCGGCGCGCCUGGGCCCGGUCGCGGGAAGUUUCACGCUGAAGAAGAAAGCGCGAGAGCGGGAUUCGUUCGUGAACUUUUUGAAGAACUCGGUGGAAGCGAAAUUGCGACAGUGGGUCCAGGCGUUGGAAGAACUGCAAGAGCGGCGGAUACAGAGAUUGCUCGGAGGAGGAGGUUGUAAAAGCAAUUCAGAUCAUGCUGGGCUUGUUGACAUCAGCGGCGAUAGUGCUACUAAUUCUACGACGGCGUUGAAAUCGGAAUCGCAAGAACCUGUUCCCGCCGUAUCAGGGUUGGCAUGCAGCGGUAAUAGCAGCAGCGGUAUUGUCCCGAGUAUGUACAAAUUGCGCCCUCUGAUGACGUUACGAAGAGGCGUACGCAAGUUUUCUGGGCGAACUAUUACGGAGGCACAGAUGAUGAACAUUUCCCCUGAACGGCGGCUCCAGCAGAAGAUGGAUGAGUUUCGGUACUUGCUGGCGAGAGUUGCGGUGAAAAGCUUCGUACACCAGAAGACGGAAAGAACCAUCGAACUGUUAAAAAACGCCCUGCAGUACCUGGAGCUGGUGUAUCUACCCAAGGCCAUGGCCGGCGCAGAGCUGCGGGUGGUCAAGGAGGCCAAUGUGUUCCUGUGCACCAUCGCAAGCACAUACCACCUGGCUCUGCUCAAGCGUGAAUACGGGAAGAGGAAGGUAGUCGGGACUGACGCGCCACCACGUGGGGCGGGGAAGACGAAAACGGACAAGUUGUUAUUUCCAGGCACUGGAAUAACGCAGCUUGCGGAUUAUACUGAUUCUGAAGAAGGGGAUGAAUCGUCGGAACAGCACCAGCAGCAGAAACUUUUCACGGGUAACAAUGCUCCCUCAGAGAACAAUUUCAUCGAAGCGAACGUGUUCCCGGAAAAGUUUGCCGCCGCAAUUUUGGACGAGGCCGGCGCGACCGGGGAGGAAAACUUGCCUUUGCUUUUGGACUUGCACGCGGAGAACCUCGUUUUACUGGGGGACCACAAGCAGCUGGGGCCGUUGGUGUUGUCCGUCGAACCCCCGUUUGCCCUGGAGAAGAAGUGCGUGACCCGGAGCUUCAUGCAGCGCUGCGUGGAUAGCGGGAAACGGUUUUCCCUGCUCGACGUCCAGUACCGCAUGCCACGCAAAGUGUGCGACCUCGUGUUAUCAAAUGUAAAAAUGUCUGGGUCUGGAAGAUUCUGAGACUUGUCAUGCAUGUUUUGCAUUGGCCAUGAUGUCCGUGAUGCAUGCUCUAGCAUCACAUACUUUUUGAAGGCUUCGCGAUGCCUAUGUAUUCCGCAUGACAAAUGCCCUCUCCGCGUAGCAAAAAUUGCAUUCCCUUUGCUGCUCAUGCAAUACAGAUUUUUUUGGAAUCCAAAUUCAGCAUCACAAGUUGCAUUCUUCCAGACCCAGACAUUUUUACAUUUGAUACGUGUCCAAGCUGAGCUAUUCCGGCAAACUGGAAACCUUCGCGGGCAAGGAGGAACUGGUGCCAGUUUUGAAAAGAGAGGAAAUAGAGUACUAUGGAAACAACAAGAAGUGGUCCUCGUCCGCGCCAACAAGUUAUUACGCCCCCCAACAGCAGCACCCGCACGGCCCUCCGCAACACGAGUACAAUGCCUCAGAAGGACGCUCUUCUUUCGCUGCCGCAAAUUUACAGCUUGUGUGGCACGACUUCGCGCAACUUAGAAGCAGUGAUUUUCAACAGAGUUUUGACGGUGGAAAAAAUAAGUCGGGCGUUUACUACAACAAGGGCCCCUCAGCAUCAUUCGCAGCGCCUGACGUCCGCACCCUGGAGCAGCCGUGUCGGAAUUCGUACGUGAACUUGGCGCAGGCGAAGCUGGUUUGCGAGUUGCUGUUGACCCAUCCGGACCUGAAGAAACCCACCGCCGAAAUCUCGAUCAUCUGCAUGUAUAAACCGCAGACACAGGUGCUCAAGCAGCUGCUACCGAAGAUUUAUGCCGGGUCGAAAACCAACUACCUCCGCAGGCCCAUCCGCGUGAUCACGGUGGACGCCGCGCAGGGCUCGGAGUCGGACUUUGUGAUUCUGGUUACUUGCCGGGCCAACUGGGAAAACAAAAUCGGCUUCACGAGCAACUUGAACCGGGUGAACGUCGCGCUCUCCCGGUGCAAGCAGGGACUCCACGUGGUCGGCUGUCUGCGGACGAUGACAGGGACCUCCAGCGCACAAUCGGGCACUUUUGGCGGAGCGCCGCAGUCGUUUCUGUGGCGCACCAUCUGGAACGCAUGCUGUUCCGUCAGCUUACACGACUUGGACACGCGUGCGGAGUUCAACGAUCUGACGGCCCUGCGCCGCCUCGCCGCGCAGCUGCGGGAAGCGGAUGGCUGUUCGGAGGAGAGUAUGAGCGAGGAAGUAACUUCAGGAAGCGGUGCGACUACACGUCCAACAACGCUCACUGCUUUGGUCGACGAGACCGCCGCGGAGGUUUUUCCGCUCAAAGUGGUGAGCCAAAUGGCGCUGCUGUCGUCCUCAAUUUCGCACGGUCCGACAGAACAGACAGUUUUCUCAGCACAGCGUGAUGAUUCACAAGCAAAAGCUAGGCCCGCAUUUUUCCAAGGUGCGAACGCAGCUACUUUGAGCGCUGCAGUGCCCGAAUUCGUUCCGGCCGCGCGCGGCGGAGCCAGUGGCGGUUUUUUCUCAGCAGGUGGAACAAUUGCGCAGCCAGUGACUUCUUCUACAAGCACCACCGUCAGUACUGCCGACGUGUGCAGCUUUUUCCUCCGCGGCACCUGUACCCGGGGCGCCCAGUGCCCCUUCCUGCACGACAAGGCUCAGGCGCCGGUGUGCACCUUUUUCCUGAAGGGGAAGUGUACGAAGGGAGCGGGUAGUUGUCCAUUCCGGCACGAUGCGACGGCGGCGAAUGGCAGCGGAAAGGGAUAUAAAGGCAAAGGGAGUAGUACGAAGACAGGGAAGAAAAAGAUGUAGCUGUGGAGAAAAACUUGAAGUGUGAGUUGUACCAUAUUGUUGGAUCGAGGCAGUAAUUUUCGAUCCACCCUGCGCUUGCAGAUCCCCAUUCCGGCAGUUGCGCAGGGACAUUGCUGUUUGGGCUGGAGGACGGCUGGCGUGUGUCCUCCUGCCACAUGCUAAUACUUGCGAACCGACUUUCUUCUGCAGGUCCACGACUCAUGAUAGUGUGGCAGCUGCGCUGCAAAAGAACAAGCGCGAAGCUGCAACGUCCUGUGCAACUCUGAAGCGCGAGCGAGGAGAGCACGUAUGGUUGCGAUGAAAAUGAGUCGGGGAUCGAUACGUUUGGUCGCCCGAAAUAGAAGCACUGUUGCUGCACCUUUUGCUUUCCUCACUUUCUUGGAU